UUCAAACAACCUUUAGCUGUCUAUUGUCACAUUUGUCACUGUCAAAUUGCCGAAAAUUGAGUAGAGUAAAAAACAUUAUUCAAUCGAUUUCAAUUAAAUUAAUAACUUAGUAAUAUAUAAUUACAUUAACUAGCUUCAGCUACUUACAAUAACCAUGCAGAAAUAUGAGAAGUUAGAAAAAAUCGGUGAGGGAACAUACGGCACGGUAUUCAAAGCGAAAAACAAAGAAACUCACGAAAUAGUCGCCCUGAAACGAGUAAGGUUAGACGACGACGAUGAAGGUGUACCAUCAUCCGCACUGCGGGAAAUAUGUCUUUUGAAAGAGCUAAAACACAAAAAUAUAGUUCGUCUGUACGAUGUCCUGCACAGUGAGAAAAAGUUGACACUGGUAUUUGAACAUUGUGAUCAGGAUUUGAAGAAGUAUUUUGAUAGUUUGAAUGGGGAGAUUGAUCUUGAUGUAGUGAAAUCGUUUAUGUAUCAGCUAUUGCGAGGAUUGGCUUUCUGUCACAGCCACAAUGUACUUCAUAGAGACCUGAAGCCUCAGAACUUGUUAAUUAAUAAGAAUGGAGAAUUGAAAUUGGCAGACUUUGGUUUAGCCAGAGCAUUUGGUAUUCCAGUGAAGUGUUACUCUGCAGAGGUAGUCACACUGUGGUACAGGCCUCCUGAUGUGCUCUUUGGUGCUAAGUUGUACACAACUAGUAUUGACAUGUGGUCAGCAGGAUGCAUAUUUGCAGAGCUGGCAAAUUCUGGCAGGCCACUGUUUCCUGGUUCAGAUGUCGAUGACCAACUCAAAAGGAUCUUCAAAUUACUUGGUACCCCUAAUGAAGAUACUUGGCCAGGUGUUACCCAGCUCCCUGACUACAAGCCGCUGCCGGUGUACCAGCCGAGCCUAGGAAUAGCACAAGUAGUCCCCCGACUACCAGGAAAGGGCCGGGACCUCUUAGCCCGCUUGCUCACCUGCAACCCGGCACUCCGGAUGCCUGCUGAUGAUGCCAUGGCCCAUGCUUACUUCCACGACUUGAAUCCAUCAGUGAAGAAUGACAGAUGUUAACAAUCAAUACAUCCAUACAAAUGUACCUCUGAAUUAUUAGUUUCUAAUAAGAAUACAGAGGUACAAGAGUGUUGUGAUGAUGAAAAAAAUAAUUGAACAAUCAGACUGUAAUUGUGGAUACUUGGGUAGUUUUGGUGUUUUAGUAAUUAAAUUGUGAUGCCAAAAGUCUGAUCUUAUGACAGACAGAGCUAAUUGUUAGAUGUGGACAGGGAACUUAGUAAUGAUCUCAAUGAAAUAAUUAAAUUUAUGUGCUAGUAUUUAAUAUAUACAUUUUGAUUUUUAACAUUCUAAUAUAAAGAUUAAUAAAAUAAGAAAUACAAUUGACAGGUUAAGUAUAAAUUAAGAUUAAAGUUCAUCUGUUUGUAUAUUGAUAGAUAGAUAGUACUGUAUUUGCAUUUACAUUCAAAUUAUACUGAACUAUUGGGGUAUCUAACUAAUAAUUGUAUUGCUUGUGUUACUGUAAUAUUUUUUACAAUAGAAUGUAAGUAUAAUUUAGGGUCAUUAGACUUCAUCAAUGUUUGUAAAUAUUAUGCUGUUUGUAAUAUCUUGACUGAUAUUCCUUUUAAUGAACUUUUACUGGGCUAUUACUAAUUUUAAUCAUAAUUG